AUGGCUCCUCCACCGCGCCUGCGCAUUUUAUCAGUCGGGAGCAAUGCCAUUUCCGCCUUCCUCGCUUGGAGACUUCAGGCAACUACCUCGUGCGAUGUGACCCUGGUCUGGAAAAACGGCUUCGAAUCGGUGGCACAGUACGGUGUGUCGUUCAAAUCCAAAUCCUUUGGCAACGAGCGUUUCAAACCUCGUCACGUCGUCCGAUCCCCCGAAGAAGCGGCCUCGCGAGAGAAUGCCUACGACUAUGUCAUCCUGUGCGUCAAGGCGUUGCCCGAUGUAUACGACCUCGCGGCUGUAAUCGAAUCCGUCGUGACCCCUCAACACACCUGCAUCCUCCUGAACACGACAAACACCAUCGGUGUCGAAUCACAUCUGGAACAACGGUUUCCGACGAAUGUCGUUCUGUCGCUGGUGUCCGGGGUGGAGGUCUCACAGAUCGGUGCCAGCGAAUUCGAGCAUCUGAAUUCGUCCGACCUCUGGGUGGGCGCAACCACCAAACAGUCGACCAUUCCGUCCUCGAUCCAGAACGAUAUGGCCGCCGCAUUGGCCAUGACCCUGGCCACCGGCCAGGUGGAAUGCAAGGUUUCCGAAAACAUCCGCCAAGAACAGUUUGAACGCAUGAUAGGACCGAUCGCUUUCUACCCAACUAGUGUAAUGUUUGAUACCCCCAAUCACUCCCAACUCCUGGAGAAGAUUGGGGUCCGUCCGUUGGUCACGGGCAUCAUCGACGAGCUGCUCCGGCUGGGCAAAGCCAACGGGUGCUCGUUUCCCGACGACUUCGCCGAAAAGGUCAUCGAGAAGAUGACGGCAAACGGCCCCCCAAGCCCCAUGUAUCAGGACUUCCAGUCCCGCCGGCCGAUGGAGGUGGAAACCUAUCUGGGCUCGCCCGUCAAAUUGGCAUUGGAGGCCGAGGUCCCCAUCCCACGCCUCGAGACGCUCUACGCCGCCCUCCACCAUGCCAAUACUACCAAUUUGACCAAGCCCCGCGCCAGUGAAUCUCCCCCGCUGGCCUUGGCCCAACCGCCCCCGCGGCUGUCGUCCGCGCCUCCCCCGAGGAUGAUGAACGGGAUGCGCCCUGGGCCUGGAGGCCGGCCCGGACCCCCGGGGAUGAUGCCGCCUAUGCGGCGCGGUCCCUCGGGUGGACCGAUGCCCAUGCCGGGCCCCAUGUCCCGACCACCCAGCACGCAACCGCCCCAGGGCAAAAUCCCCCGCGAGCCCUCCUUGGAGGGUCUGGAGGAAUUCAGCCACCUGGUCCUCUACGACGACGCCGCUGACGGUGCCUUGCCGCCCGCGAACGCGAACGGAAACGGCUUCCCGGACACGUCCCCCGGGGGCGGCCCCCCGUCCCAGGCCGAACUAGCCUUGCGGGAACGCGAACUGGCCCUCCGGCAGCGGGAGUUGCAGUUCCGGGAACAGGAGAUGAGCAUGCGCCGCGGUCCCCCCCGUCCCCGCCCCCCGCCCAGCCGAGCUGCCUUCGACGAGGAGGACGAGGACGACUUCUUCGACCCCAUGGAGGGCUUGCCGGUGCCGCAUAUUGACCCCGACAAUGUGGACAUGAUGAGCAUCACCUCGCGACGGGCGAAGAAGGGCCCCAGUGCCAGCCAGAUCCGCCGAAACCCGGAGAUGAAUAUGAACGGCGGCGGCGGCGGCGGUGGUCCUCGACCGGGAUCGUCGUUCCGGAACUACUUUGGCCGGAAGCGUGCCAGCGAUCGGAUCAUGCAGGAGAUUCCUGGUCUUCACGAUUCGCUCAUGGACAACCCGAUGAUGGCGUACUCGUCCAACCGGUACGGCGCGGUCGAUCGGAAUCAGAUGAAUGCGGGCUCGCGUGCCAACUCCCUGACAGCCAGCCGUAUGGGCGACUACCCCCCGCCCCCACAUCCGCAGAGUCGGAGAAAUAGCCACUCUCCCGCGACGCCCUUCGGUCCCCCCGGUCCGGGCCCCCGCAUGGGCCGGCCGUCGAACGGCCCCGAUGCCAAUCUGGGACCGCCCAACGGCUAUCCGCCUCGCGGUGGUCACCCGUCCCCCCCUGGACAGGUGCGCGCGCCGGUGCCCAGGUAUCCCCCGGGGCAAGGUAAUGCGGUAGGUCCGCAGCAAGUUGAACAACAUUAUGGGGUGAGCAACUCGUUUUCCGCCAAGCCCACUCCCAAGCAUAGAAGUCUGACCGGAAGUGCGAGCGCCAGCGCGGAGAGUGGUGAUAGCGGGGCCAGUGCCAACAUUGACUCCGGAAACUCGGCCCACAGCAGCCAAAUCAGUCUGGGCGCGCAGCAGGCCUCGACGCCCGUCCCUUGAAUGAUAUCGCCAUGAUCCCUUUUUCCUACUCGAUUUUUGCUCGACGAAUGAUCAUCUCAUAACAUUCCCGUUACCAUUCGUUUUUUCUUUUCCCUCCUCCCGCUCGUGUCUUGGACAAGAGAUACUUGGCAGAUGAUCGGGUUGGGCGCAUCUUCCUCUGCUGUUUCUUUUUUUUUUUUUUUUUACAUAUACACGAGAGACAUAAGGAAUAUCUUGUCGUUUCAUGCGUUCUUUUACUGUGGGGGAGUGAUCCGGCGUGUGUAUGUGUUUGUUCCCGGUUGACCCUUGAACCCUUUUCUUCUGCGAAUGUUCUAUCUAAUGGAGGACGGGCUUGUUUCGUCUGAUAAAUAUGUUUGGCUUUGCAGUUAUACCACCACGUAACCCCUCAC